UAUAGCUGGGAAAAAUUUUCAUUUAGUUUCUAUAUCAUUAAACAUGGCUACUGAAUUAACCGUCCAAAACCAAGACGCUUUCCAAAAGCAACCUCACAUCUUCACCAACCCAAAGGCCAAGGCCAACAAAAAGACCAAGAGAUGGUUUAAGGAUGUUGGAUUGGGAUUCAAGACCCCAAAGACCGCUAUUGAGGGUACCUACAUUGACAAGAAAUGUCCUUUUGUUGGUGACGUUUCCAUCAGAGGUAAGAUCUUGUCUGGUACUGUUGUUUCCACCAAGAUGCACAGAACCAUCAUCAUCAGAAGAGACUACUUGCACUACGUGCCAAAAUAUAACAGAUACGAAAAGAGACACAAGAACUUGGCUGCUCACGUUUCUCCAGCUUUCAGAGUCCAAGAAGGUGACACCGUUGUUGUUGGUCAAUGUAGACCUAUUUCCAAGACUGUUAGAUUCAACGUGUUGAGAAUUUCUGCUUCCGUUGCCAAGUCCAAGCAAUUUUCCAAGUUUUAAAUAUAAUAAGACGUUGGUGAAAUAAUAUUAUAUAUUUAAUGUUACAUUAGUCUGUAUCACUUAAACGUUGGAUGGGGUUUCCAACCGCUUCACCGACAACUUUUUGUUCCCCCACUCAUUCAACAUGGUGGCCAACUUACCUGAUUCGUGCAAGUUGAGGAAGUCGUCGCAUCCUCCUUUGCUUUCGUUGGAGGUUCCAAUCAACACAUUUGGUACCGUGGCUCUACCGGAUAUUUUAGCCAAAUGUUCCUGUAAAAGCUUUCCGUGCUUGUGUUUAUCAAGUUCAACCGGGAAGAACGAAGGAGUGAUCUCGUAGUGUUCUGUCAACAACUUUUUCAACCGCUUGGAGUAGGGACAGUAGGACUUAGAGAAGACAAUCAUAGGUGCCAACGCACGAAUUUGCAUCAACUCCUUGACAGGAUCAAAGUCCUCUUCAAUUGCAUCAAUUUCUUCGGUCACUUUGAUACCAGCAGCUGCAUCGACUGCAGCCUUCUCUUCUGCUGCCUUCUCCGCCUGUUCUUGUUGGUAUAAUUUGGAGAUUUUGUUGUUGAUAGCCUCAUCAAUUUUGGCAUUGGGGUUAGCCGAAAUGAUACUAUUGGCCAGUUCUCUCAGGUCACUUAAAGAAGAAGGAUUAUCACCUUUCGAGCUGUACAUGAUAUACAUGAGAAAGAGUGAAAAUCCACUCACCAUGAGCAAUCGGAGUUGUCUUCUGGACAAACCCAUAGUAGAUAAAUAGUGACAGCUGCUUACUAUUUUCCUAACCGCGCGCCAGUUAAAAAUAAAUAUAUCAAUU